AUGGCGCAAAUUAAAUUUUCGCCAUGUGAACACACUUUAAGUGAUCAUUAUAAGUGUGAGGAAGAAAGAGCAAAGAAAAAGAAGAAGAUUGCUUCUCAUUGGCAGAGAUUGGAAGUAUUGAAAGACAUAUCUACUGUUGAUAAAUUUGGAGACUUAUUAAGGACUGCUUAUUUGGAGCGUGGAAUUAGUAUCGAACCUCUCUCUCUCGAUCAAGGAAAAGCAUACGCAACCCAAGAACAUUGUAUGUUGUUAUUUUUAAAACAAUUCAAUAUGGAAUGGAGCAAGAUUGGUACAUUCUUUUUUGAUAGAUCCAUCAACUCAUUGAAGAAAAAGUACAAGAAAUUGAAAAGAAAGAUUAAUCGUGCCAGAUUGGAAGGAGCGUAUGAUGCUUCAGAUGCAACAAAUUUUAUCAUUCAAUGGAGUGUCGAUGAUUUAACCUUUUCAGAAUUCACUGAUAUUAACACCUUUACCUCUACUGUAUCGAUAACUUUUCCAGAAACAUGGACCAAUUCUGACCAUUACCAUAAAAUGAUUAUGAAAAUUGGUCAAUUAAGUCCAUCCAAACCCUUACCGUUAAAACAAGCACAACCAUCAUCGAACAAGUCCAAUGUAUCAACGACUCCAGGAGAACCUUAUUCACAGUCGGAAGAGGAUUUAAUUGUGACAUCCUUGCGGAAGGGAAUGAAUUUGGAACAAAUUUACCGAGAUUACUUUACACACCGAACAUUUCAGUCGCUGAAAAAUAAGGUUCGACGGUUAAGAAAAAGGCAACUCUAUCACAAACAACAACCAUCGAAGAAGAGAUUGAAUAAGAGAAGGAUGGUUCCCAAUUCCACUGUUUCGACUGAUUCAAAGGAGUUAAGAAAACCGUUUUGGCAUGAUGAUACGGUUGAUCGUAUGAACAAGAUUUGUCCCGUGUCAUGUUUUGCCAAGAAUGGUACGAAAAUACUGACCCAAAGUUGGUUUACCCUCUCCGUUCGCCAACGAUGUCCAUCCACAAAACCACCUCCGAGCAAGAAGGAAUUGGUAGAAAAAGUGUGGUGUAAAUCAGAAACUUGGAAAAAGACGCCAUGUAAGUGUGGAAAUUCCAAGUUUAAAAGGACAGUCUGCUCGUUCAACGGACGCAAGUUUGGGUCAGAAAAGAAGAAGCUUGUUCAGGAAUUCAAGGAAGUAUCUGCGUUAGAGGAGUCUUUAACAAUGCUUCAAGAGAACGGAGUGAAUUCAUCCACUACUGCAGAGAAUGAAGUGAGUUCAUUUGUGACUGCUUUGAACGAAGUGAAUUCAUCCACUACUGCAGAGAAUGGAGUGAGUUCCUUUACGAUUGCUGAGAAUGGAGUGAGUUCAUCUAUGACUGCUGAGAAUGGAGUCAAUUCAUCCACUACUGCUGAGAAUGAAGUGAGUUCAUCUACGACUGCUGAGAAUGGAGUUAAUUCCUCCACUACUGCGGAAUCAUGA